AUGGACCGAACGAACAUUAUCGGAGGCAACGAACUCGCGCGUGUGAUGGCUUUGUCUUCUCCAGGCAAAGGCAAAGGAAAGGGUAAGAAAAAAGCUCCUGAAUCCCACGCGAGCAGUCCUCUAAAGCAGAAGAUUAUCAAGACUGUACCGACUGCGAGGGCAAAGGCAAAGUCCACGAGAAGCGCGACCUCAACUUCAGCUGCCACUCCGCAGCGAGCUUCCGAGGCUAGGUUUUACGAGGCGAACGGCUUGAAAAUUCCGUUAUAUAAUAAAGACGGCUUGGGCAACAAGAAGAGGCCGUAUGCUCGCUUGUCCAAGGGUCUACUCAAGUACAGCGUGGACAAAUUACUUGACAUUGUAGAGCAGUAUGCAGGCGCGGAGAAGAGACAAGAGCUGAAGGACGAGGGAUUAGCAAAAUCAAGGCUCGCGAAUUGGAUCGAAGAGAAGGAGACACUUGCUUUUGGACGCAAUCCGAAGUCGACAUUGUCUAUCGCAGAUGAAGAAGAAGCCGAUGAUGCUGAUGACGCCGUUUCCUUCCCGGCGCCCACCACCCCGACAUCUUCCAGUAUGAGAACACCAAUACAGGCCAAUACACCCUGUACAUCCAUUAACAAAAAAUAUGACUCGCCAAUUGCGACCAAAGGCAGUAUUACCUCCUGUCAAUUCACUCACCGGAAGAGGAGCGCACCUGACGGUCCAUCGGACGGCCAGCUACAUGCGAAGCUUCAGAAGCGUGACGCACUAACAAACACGGCCGCUACAAAUACCGGACAUUCGGCUAAGGAUGCAUUCAUAAGGACCCCAGUUGACUACGACAUACCAACGCUUUCGCAAACGGCAAGGCAAACAACGGUAUAUAACGUCAGAAGCUUCCGUCAAGAUGUGUUUACGCAAAGCACUGGAAUGAACCCUUUCAAUCCCGAUCGCUCUUCGAUAAUCAUUCGUGGAGAUGGUGAGAAUCAUGUACUCACGGUCACAUCUGGCCAAGGUUUUCGCAAGGGCGAGACCUACUUCCAUGAGACCACAAUACCACAUCGCGCUACCAAGGCCCACCAAUCUCCUUUCGUCCCAUAUCUGAAAGAAGGAGACCACGGACGUAAAGGUGACUUUCGAGCCGACAACGACCGGCGCACGGGCGAAGGGCAUCAGUUUGAACCGGUCGACCACCUGAAAUGGGUAGAGUUCAAAAAGUUCCGCAGCACAAUUUACGAGCAGUUUCCACACUAUCCGAAACCGGGCCAGGGGAUACCACUCGAUCUUGAGACCAAGGAUACAUGGGAUGCAUGGCAAAUUUGGUACGAUGAGUUCACGAAUAAGUACCCUGGCUAUGCCGUCGCCCACUUGUGGCCUUGUGGCUGCGAGAAGGUGAGAGACGAGGAUGAGAGUGAGGAGGAGUAA